GAGAGUUCUCGAGCUACUGAGGGAUGGGUCUCCCCGAGCUGACGAGGAGGCGUCCGAGGGUCAACCUGUGUAUCUCUCAAGUCACCAAUAUGGACCCGCCUAGAAAAAUCCCUCCAGGCUGUUAUGACUGCGGAGACGGCUUCUAUAACCCGACCACGAGGAUUGUCAAGGACUAUAAGAAUCGCUUUCUGAGAAAUGCAGAUGAUGACGAGCAUGAGUGGAUCAUCCGGACCUGUCGGAAGGGCUGGGACGAGACCAUGGGUCCUAAGCCCAAGCCAUGAGUGCUAAGCCCCCUCGGUCACAAGCUUCCUUCUGUGCCCCUGGCAUUGGCUGGCCCAGGGGACAGGCUGUAGUUUUAG